AUGUCGAAGGCUUUGGCAAAGCGUAAUCCUCUGCCCUCGAAAGAGGCCACGCUCUUCAAAGAGCUUCUGGCUCUAUAUGAAACCCGACAGCUCAAGAAGGGCCUUAAAACAGCCGAGCAGAUCUUGAAGAAAUUUCCCGAACAUGGAGAAACACUAUGCAUGAAGGGGCUCCUGCUGACGCACAUGGGCCGGCGCGAAGAGGGCAUCGAUCUCGUGAAAAAAGGCGUCCGGCUUGAUCUCAUGUCGCACAUCUGCUGGCACGUCUUCGGGCUAAUCCAGAAAGCCGAUAAAAACUACGAGGAGGCGCUCAAGUCGUACACGCAGGCGCUCAAGUUCGACAAGGAGAAUAUGAACCUCCUGCGCGACUCGGCCCAGCUGCAGACCCACCUCCGACUAUUCGAAAACCUCGUCGACACGCGGCAUACAAUCCUCCGACUGCGGCCCAACCUGCGGCAGAACUGGGUUGCGUUGGCGGUCGCGCAUCAUCUAAACGGGCAACUAGCGGAGGCGAGGAAGGUGUUGGAGCAUUACCUGAGGUCGUUGAAGAAUGUAACCGACUCAGACAUCGAGCAUUCGGAGACCCUCUUGUACUAUUUGUUAGUCCUUGAAGAACUCGGCGAAUUCCAAGAAGCACUGUCCGUCCUCAACGAGAACGCCGGCUCACGAUCCAUCGUCGAUCGAACAGCAAUCCUAGAGAGAAGAGCGCGACUACUCUCCAAACUUCACUCACCCGAGGCAGAAGACGCGUGGCAUGCGCUUAUUGAGCAUAAUCCCGACAAUUACGACUCAUAUCGGGGGUAUCUGGCGGAUAAGGGUAUUGAUCUCGAUACACCCUCCCGCGAAGCCCUCUCGACACUCCAAAAGUUUGCCCAACUCCUGACCCGUGCCACCGCCCCGCGCCGACUCCAGCUUAACAUCACCUCCGGCUCCGAUUUCCACGAGCUUGCGAGGGCAUACAUCAGCCGAGGGUUACAGAAGGGCAUCCCAUCGCUCUUUGCCGACCUCAAGGCGUUGUACGCAGACAAGGAGAAGCAGGCUGCUAUCGAAGACAUCGUCGACUCGUUACGCGAGGAAUAUGCACCGUCUGACUCCCCAUCCAAGAAUGUCGAGCCCACAACAUACCUCUGGACACUGUACUUCCUGGCUCAGCAUUACUCGUACCUCUCCCAGCAUAGCAAGGCCUUGACCCUGCUCUCGGAGGCCCUAGUUCAUACACCAACACUACCUGAGCUUCAUCUUUUACGUGGUCGCGUGCUGAAACGAAGUGGCGAUUUCCUGGGUGCUGUCAGGGCAGUCAACGACGCGCGGGCUCUGGACGGGCAGGAUCGAUUCUUGAACACCAAGUGCGGGAAAUACCUGCUUCGGGCUGGGUGCGUGGAGGACGCGGAGAGGAUAUUUGGGAUGUUCACGAAAAAAGACGCCAUCAGCCCUGCUGCAGACCUCGACGACAUGCAGUCGCUGCUGUUCCUCUUAGAGGAGGCUGACGCUUACCGACGCCUCAACAAGCCGAAUAUGGCACUCAAGAGGUACAUGGUGGUCAAGAAGGUCUUCGAUGAGUACGAGGACGACCAGUUCGACUUCCAUGGGUACAACUUGAGGAAGUUCACAAUUGGCAUUUACUUGAACUUGCUAAAGUGGGAAGACCAACUGCGUUCUCAUCCUGCCUACGUCAAGGCUGCUGUAGAAGCGUCUAAGAUCUUUGUCUCACUACACGAUGACCCCAGCAUCCUGAAAUCCUUAACCUCUUCAAGCCCACUCAGCGAAGCAGAGAAAAAGGCCAAGUCAAAGGCGAAGAAGGCCGCCAAGAAGGUGCUGGAGCAGUCUGACAAGUCACCACAAAACCAAAACACAAACGCAGACAAGGAUCUCGAGCCUGCACCACCAAAGGACGACGACCCGAAUGGGAUGAAGCUCCUCGUACUGCCGGACCCUCUAGAGCAGGCGGCGAAGCUGCUGCAGCCGAUUGUGAAGCAGCUAGAGGCUAAAGGGACCGUGGCUGAUAGGAGGAGUAAGGAGGGCAAGAUGAAGAGAGAUGUGGAUGUAUGGAUCGCGGUGUAUGACGUGGCGAUUCGAAGGAAAAAGCUUCUGCAAGCAGUCGGUGCACUGAACCAUGCCAAAGCCCUCCAACCCGAUUAUCCGUCUCUCCAUCUUCGACUUGUAGAUCUCAAACAACGAGCUUCGUCGCUACCGCAGCCUCCGCCAUCGCCCAUUGGCCCCGUCUUCACAUCUUCUAUCUCUGAACUAAUCCCAGACGAACUGUCGCUCGAGACAUAUAACUCGCAGUACCUCCAACAACAUUCGACCAAUCCUCACGCCGUGCUAGCCUGCGCAAGGGCGUCACAAAUGCUUGGUGCACCUCUGCCAGAUGUUGAGGAAACUCUCUUCGGCGUCUUCUCUGAGGAAGUCGAGCCGGAUGUUUUAAUGACACUGGAAGCGCUAUCGUUCCUCUUCUCCCUAAAAUCCACUCGUGUCAAUGAGUUCAAGGCCAAGUCCCAGGAACGGUUCCCCUUCUCGACUGCUUUCAAGGACGCGGAGGAACAAGUAGCUUUGAAGGCACAGAUUUUUGUGGUGAGCGCAGUCGAUGGCUCGGAGAGUGCACAAGAUAGCAAGGAUGUGGUCGAAGUUGUGCCCUAA